UUCACCGUCUAACCGUUGUUCUACCCUUCUUCCGCCGCGAUCAGGAAUCACUUUAGAGGUCAACGGAUCAACCUGCUUCCUAUCUCACAUACCUUAAAUCCCCAAACUACCCCUAUUCACAUUUUUAAUUUCUGCUUAUCCUCUUUCUUUCUCUCCCUUAAAGCCCACGCAGUCCCUUUCUGUCAUUUGUUGCGAGUCUGCUAGUGUGUGUGGUUACAGUUUCUCACAAGAAAAACAAAAAUCAAAAUAAGUAAAACCUGAUAAAACGAAAACAAAAGGUCCUUAUCAAAUCCUUUGAAUCUCUUUCUCUAGCUUUUAUGAUCUGAUUGAUAGAAGUCGUCGAUCCAAUUGAAGCAUGGAACGAAUCGUCGGUGGCAAAUACAAGCUUGGCCGUAAGAUCGGUAGUGGAUCCUUCGGUGAAAUUUAUCUCGCUACGCAUAUCGACACAUUUGAGAUCGUAGCUAUUAAGAUCGAGAACAAUAAAACAAAGCAUCCGCAACUGCUUUACGAAGCGAAAUUGUACAGUAUUCUUCAAGGAGGAAGUGGAAUUCCGAGCAUAAAAUGGUCAGGUAUUGACGGGGAAGAUAAUGUACUUGUUCUCGAUUUACUCGGACCGAGUCUGGAAGAUCUUUUUGUGUACUGUGGCAGGAAGUUUACGCUGAAAACUGUCUUAAUGUUGGCUGGUCAAAUGAUUACGAGAAUUGAAUAUGUUCAAUCUAAGGGAUUUCUUCAUAGAGAUAUAAAGCCUGAUAACUUCCUCAUGGGACUUGGUCGCAAAGCAAAUCAGGUUUACAUAAUUGAUUUUGGGCUUGCGAAAAGAUAUCGAGACUCCACAACUAAUCGCCACAUUCCGUACAGAGAAAACAAGAAUUUAACAGGGACUGCACGUUAUGCAAGUAGCAAUACUCAUCUUGGAAUAGAGCAAAGCCGGCGGGAUGAUUUGGAGUCACUUGGCUAUGUACUUUUAUAUUUUCUCAGGGGAAGCCUUCCAUGGCAAGGUUUGAAAGCUGCCACAAAGAAGCAGAAAUAUGAUCAAAUAUGUGAGAAGAAGCUGUCCACUCCUAUUGAGGUUCUAUGUAAGUCCCAUCCUGUGGAGUUUGCUUCAUACUUUCAUUAUUGCCAUUCCUUGAUAUUUGAUCAACGUCCUGACUAUGGAUUCUUGAAGCGUCUGUUCCGUGAUUUAUUUGCUCGUGAAGGUUAUGAGUUUGACUACAUAUUUGACUGGACAAUCAUCAAGUACCAGCAGGCCCCAAAAAGUAGAUCUCAGCCCCGAUUAUCUCCAAUUCCUGUAGGUAGCAGCAGUCAUCAAUUAACAGUGGGUGUGGACAGUCGUCAAGGAGGGUUCAAUGCUACUUAUUCAAUUGACGUCACAGAGCGUGUUAGAUCAAGCAAUGUCUCAGGUCCAGGUGUUCACAUGCAAUUUAAAUCAGUGACAGGGAAGAACUUGAUUUCUGAUACUACUAUUGAUAAAAAUAUAUUUGACCCUCAUAGACCCUCAUCUUUGUUUGUACCUGCUGGCACCUCAAAAAUAAAUGGUGAGAAAUCAAUGUUGCCCACCAAAGCUGCCAAUUCUGGCCAUGGACAUGUAAACAAAAUAGGACCUUCCAGUAGUUGGAUUUCAUCAUUGCAACGUAUUUCAUCUGCCAAAUGAUGAAAUGGAUGCAUUUCAGCGUACGGUACUGUUGGAAGGGUGUAACAGGGAAAUUACAAUUCAGGAAUGCAUUUGAAGACCAUAAAACGUUUCUCUAUACAUGCUAACUGCGGCAGAUCUAGUAAGGGCUGCUAAAUUCUGACUGGUGAACUGAAGAAACUAUUUAAGGUUGAUAUCUUGCCUUGAGUUCUAAAUUCUACAAGUAUCAACCAUGUAUGUGUAGCAAAGUUGAGUUGUACCUUCAAUGUGAACUUGAUUUUGUGGAAUUGGUUAGUCUAUUAGAAGGAACACAUCACCUCAGAUAGACUGGAAUGUUGACAGGGCAGUGUGCCAGCAAUAUAUAACUGCAAAGCUUAUCUUAUUAUGUAAAUUCGGAUAAAAGCUAUUUGGGGUAAUUAGAGAAGAUGGAAAGUGGUCUAAUAUUUGCAUUUGCUGUGGCUACCUGGGUUCUGGAGAUCUGAAGAGAUCCAUUAUGUGGCUAGGCUGGACUUUGGGAGCCUUUAUGUCUACUGGUUUGAAGUUUGAUACAGGUGGGGGACAAAACAUUCCCAUUCAGUAGUUGUUGGUCUAGGAUUACUUUCGGUUUGUUGACACGUCUUAGUCGGGCUCAAUAUUUUGUGCAUCCAAAUCCAGAUGACUGUAGCAUUGCUGCAAGCUCCUUCAGGUGAGUACACUGUUGAUAUCCACUUGGGAUAAAAUAUGCUAUUCGAGAAAGUGGUGCAAUUUAUGCCAUUAGUGGAGUUUGGGAAGUCUUAAAGUUGGAUGAUAAGAAACAUUUUGUUCCUUGCCCCGACAACAGCGGCUCCUCUGGGAUACAUUUUUGGUCUUUGUUGAAGACGAAAGAGGACAGAGGGGAGGGGGUUGGACCUGAAAAAGUAAAUUAAAUAUAGGGGUGGUUCGGGAAAAGAUGUGGAAAACGAGUUAGUCCCGAAGUUGUUUUAAGGCUGGAGUUCCUUGAGAAUGGGGGGCAUGGCAUGCAAAAGUUGCAUUAUGGAUCUUAGCCCGGAACCAAUGUUUUUUUUGUAGUACAUGCUCAAUGGCCAUCAAAGUGAAGGCGUUUAUUAUUGCAGUCUUUCAGUGUGGCUUUUCCUUUGUUCUGUCUGGAAUUUCACUUCUUGACGUUUCCAUGUUUUACCUGUUCAUUAAAAGUUGGGAAGCUGGCCACUGCCCACUCGUAGUCAGAUAAAUGAAAGAAAUUUGUACCAAAUAAAAGAAACAAAAAUUUCAGUACGUGCAUGUAUGUAAGUAUCAAUAGUGUUUUUAAUCAUGUUAUCCUUAUGAAAGAAUUUAUUUGUAAUUUAUUCCCUUUUUUACGUGUCCACUGCAUUUUUAGUAGUUCUGAAAUCAGCUAGCCAUGAAAAUGCCAGAUCCAUAUAAAUUU